AUGUUUUUUAUACUCUUAAAACUCUGGGAAUUUUGUUUGGUCGCUUCUCAUGAAGAUAUAUAUAGUCCUGGAUCAAUCAUGUUUGAUUUGAGCUCCGCGACUUCUAUCACGCCAGGCAUGGCCUCCGAUCUGCCUGCCCCUGCUAUGUUCUCCAUUGACCCUCCCGACAAGCUCGAAAACAAUGUCGUCGUGCUUGUCACGGGAGCCAACACCGGUCUCGGCCUCUCCACGUGUUGCCGACUGAUCGACGAAUUCCUACAUUCCCACCCCGUCUCGCACCGCCUGACCGUCAUCUUCACGACUCGAAACAGCCCGCAGAAGAUCAAGGACACGUAUGCCCACCUGCGAAACCACCUCGCCCGCCAUGACAAGGGCGACAGCAAAAAUGCUUCGCAACGGGUCAGGCUCCUGUCCGAGACGGUCGACCUGGCGAACCUCAAGUCAGUCCGCGCCCUGUCGCGUCGCCUCAACAAGAACAUCCCUAAAUUGGAUGCUGUCAUCCUGAAUGCCGGAAUUGGCGGCUGGUCCGGCUUGAAUUGGCCGCUCGCCGUCUGGUGUAACCUGACGGACGUCGUCAAUGCGACGACCUGGCCGGUCUACAAACUCAGCUAUGUGGGCAUGUUGACUGAAAAGCAGACGAGGCUGCCCGAGGAGAGCCCGCUGGGUGCGGUGUUCUGCGCCAAUGUCUUCGGUCACUAUAUGCUGGCACACAAUCUCAUGCCAUUGCUGAGACGCUCCGGACAACCCAACGGGCCUGGUCGGGUCAUCUGGAUCUCCAGCGUCGAGGCAACUAUCAAACUCUUCGAUGUGGACGAUAUCCAGGGAUUGAAGUCCACCAAGGCGUACGAGAGCUCCAAAUCGUUGAUGGAUCUCUUGGCCUUGACGUCUGAUCUACCCAGUACCGCUCCAUGGGUCAAUAGCUUCCUUUCAACAAGCGAUUCUGAUCAAUCCGCCGAACCCUGCCACGGACCACCCCCGAAAAUCUACGUUAGCCAUCCGGGCAUUUUCGGCACUUCGAUCGUCCCGCUCCCGUUACCUCUCUUCUGGGGUAUGAUCGGGGCCUUCUUCCUCGCUCGGUGGCUGGGAUCGCCAUGGCACACCAUCUGGACAUAUCUCGCCGCCUCUGCUCCCGUUUGGCUUGCCCUGAGCCCGCAGUCCGUCUUGGACGAGGCAGAGGCACCGUACAGGCAGAACGGCGGCGGUCUCGUCAAAUGGGGCUCCUCGUGUGACCGACUGGGUCGCGACCGGCCGGCGAGCACCGAGGUCGAUGGCUGGGGCUACGGCGGCGUCGUGGGCGGCGCAAUCCUGGAGGAAGACGCGCGACGUCGCCGCAAGCGGGGCGCCAAAGAUCUCACGGCCGAGGACAAGGCUCGUUUCGAAGAACUCGGUCGACGCUGCUGGCAGGAGAUGGAACAGCUUCGCAUCGAGUGGGAGAAACUCCUCGACAAGGACGAAGCUGCUGCCGGUGCCGAUAAAUAG